AUGGAUCAGUCCACUAAGGUAUCACCGGGCUCUCACAGUAGAAGUCAUAGCUUUCCGCUAACACCUCCAGCUACGGUGGAGAAGCCUAGCUGUGAUGAGAUCGACGAGACGCGUACGAUAAAAGAUAUUAAGCCUAGAAAACUAUUCACCAAGCUGCGAAAGAAUACUAGAAAGCCCAAACUGAAGCAUAGGCCAGAAAGCGGCACCGUUUUUGAUUUAGAUCAGUAUAUGAACGGACUGUGCGGUAAGAAAGAUGCGAUGAAUGCAGCCUUUGUUCGAUAUGCCUUUCAGCAUAGUAAGAGAAUCGUGGUUGUCAUCGGUGCUGGUGUCUCAGUGGCAGCCGGUAUUCCGGAUUUCAGAUCAAGCGAAGGCCUUUUCUCCAUUUUGAAGGGCAAGCAUUUUUCAACUGGCAAGGAUCUUUUUGACUUUAAUAAGGUAUACUCCUCUGAUGAAAUGAGCAUUGCGUUUAACAGCAUGAUUACCAAACUGCAUAAGAUGUCUAGCGAGGCCAAACCCACACAGUUUCAUGAGCUGCUAAACAGAGUUUCCUUGGAAGGUAGGCUACAACGACUGUACACGCAGAAUAUAGACGGUUUGGAUACCCGUUUGAACGAUCUUCAGACAAGAGUUCCCCUAGAGAAGCCAAUUCCAUCCACCAUUCAGCUUCAUGGCAGUAUAAAUCAUAUGGUGUGCAAUAAGUGUGCAAAAAUCGCACAACUGGAUCCAACCAUUUUCAAGAAUGAAUUGUGUGACGAGGAAAAUUCCACCAUAAUACCCACUUGUAGGCAGUGCGAGGAGUUUGAGUCUGUUAGAGAAAUUGCGGGCCUGAGACUCAAGGGAAUCGGAAAACUGAGACCACGAGUAGUUUUGUACAACGAAAUACAUCCAGAAGGUGAUAUUAUAGGAGAGGUCACGGGCACUGAUCUUAAGAAGAAACCUGAUUGCCUAAUCAUUGCAGGCACAUCCUUGAAAAUACCUGGUGUCAAAAAUAUCUGCAGACAAUUCGCACAAAAAGUAAAAUCUUCAAACGGCAUUGUGCUUUACAUGAACAAAGAAAUGCCCUCACAAAGUAUGAUAGAUCAUAUUGGUUGUGUAGAUCUAAUACUGCUGGGUGAUUGUCAAAACGUACCACAACUUCUGCAAGAUUCUACAGAAUCAUUUUGA